AUCGUUCGACGCAAGCCAACUAACCCAACUCUCCGCCGUAGCCCUGAACUUCCACCACAUCUUUCCUCCCUCCACAGUCCCUUUGCCACCCAUUCUCGAAUCCGCAAGCGAUCCAUAAACGUCUGCGUCUCUUUAACCUGUCACGCUUCCGCUGCAACAGUCGUCAUCUUCGAUCGAGAUGUCAGCACCGAAAGACACCAACCCCCCCAAUGGGUCCGACCUUCCGGAGGGCAUGGAGCAGCUCAAUCUCGGCGAGAACGAGCAGCGCCUUGGGCCGGACGGAGAGCCUGCGCCCAAAACGGAUGAGGAGUAUGCCCAAACUCAGCUGACUCUGCGGGCCAUCGUGUCGUCGAAAGAGGCCGGCGUGAUCAUUGGGAAGGGCGGAAAGAACGUCGCCGACUUGCGUGAGGAAACCGGUGUUAAGGCCGGCGUCAGCAAGGUUGUCCAGGGCGUCUACGACCGUGUCCUGACCAUCUCCGGCGGCUGCGAGGCCAUCUCGAGGGCCUACUCCGUUGUUGCCCGGUCGCUGUUGGAAGGCGCUCCCACCAUGGGUAUGGGCGGCGUCAUACAGAACAAUGGCACCCACCCAAUCAAGUUGCUCAUCUCUCAUAACCAGAUGGGUACCAUCAUUGGCAGGCAAGGCCUCAAGAUCAAGUACAUCCAGGAUGUGUCCGGGGUACGCAUGGUGGCUCAGAAGGAAAUGCUGCCGCAGUCGACCGAGCGGAUAGUCGAAGUCCAGGGCACGCCUGAGGGCAUCCAGCGUGCUGUCUGGGAGAUCUGCAAGUGCCUGGUGGACGAUUGGCAGCGGGGUACCGGCACCGUACUGUACAACCCCGUCGUGAGGACCCAAGGCGUCGGUGCGCCCGGGAUUUCUGGGGGAAGUAGCUACAUGCAGGACAGAGCCCCGUACGGUGGCUCUCGUGUGACGCGGACAGGCAACGGCGCCGACUUCAGCGGUGGCGGAUCCCGGCCUUACACUCGCCGUUCGGACUCUGAUCCUGCCGCUCGCGGCCCGCCGACUCACGACGAGAACGGCGAGGAGAUCCAGACGCAGAACAUCAGCAUCCCGGCCGACAUGGUUGGCUGCAUCAUUGGCCGUGCUGGCUCCAAGAUAAGUGAGAUCCGCAAAACGUCGGGAGCCCGCAUCUCCAUCGCAAAGGCUCCUCAUGAUGAGACGGGAGAGCGGAUGUUCACCAUCAUGGGCUCGGCGAAGGCCAAUGAGACGGCGCUCUUCCUCCUCUACGAGAACCUUGAGGCGGAGAAGAUGCGCCGCCAACAGCAGGCCGCCCAGGCGUCCGAAUAGAGCGCGGACGAGGGCCGACGGAAUUACAGACUGUAACAAAUUUUGGACGUGUUGUAACCGUUGAAAUUGUGCGAGUGGGAUUCAGCAAUUGGCCAGCCAACGCCUUCCAGAGGUAUAUUUUUCCCUCCUGGUUUGGGCGGGAUCUGGCAGCCCCUCGUUACGGAUCAUUUUCCAGAUCUGGCUGCCGCAAGGCGUUAUUAUUCGACGGAAGGGAUGAUGCGACGACAAAUUUCUUAACCCAAAAAAACAACCCCGCCAGAUUCUUCUCUCUUCAUUUCC